AAAAACAUUUUUCGAAAAAAAUUUGCCCUAAGGUCGUAGUUUUUUGGGCCGAAAACAUGCCUUAAUGCCACUCGUCCUUUGAAAAAAAUGAUCUGUUAAGAUCUAUAUAUUCUUUUUUUGCAAUGUAAAAUUCUUUGAAUUAAAAGUUGUUCUUUACUUUGAUCAAUUAAUUGAGUCAAAAGUUUAUGCCAGAAGAACAUUGAAAUAUUAAUCUUCAUCUUGAAAUUAUAUAGAUGUUGAGAACCAAAUUCAAAAGAAAAAAAAAAUGACUAUUUUGAAUGGAAAUCUUUCUUUAUCAGUCAUGAUUUCGAAUUGACCAAAUAAAUCAUUAUGUAUCAUUGAUUUUUAUUAUUUUUCUAUAUUUGAUAUUUAGAUAAUUCGAGAGAAAAUAACAAAUUUUGUUACUCAAGCAUGUUGGCCAUUGAAAGUGAAAAAACUUGUAACGGGUCUUGUUCAAGCAAUUAUUGUUGGGGAUCCUGUCCAAACAUUGAAGUAUCUGCUACCAAAAACAUGUGAAUCAAUCAAUAAGAUUAUGAAUGAUUCAGAAGCAAAUAUUUUAUUAAAUUGUCAUAAAGGUGACAAAGAACUUACUUGGUAUUUAAUUCUUUUUUCUGAACUUGUUCGUGCUCGUGGUGAUACUUUAAUUAUUUACAAACAAAUGAUUAUUUCGGUUUUUCAUCGAUGUAUUCAAAUCAUUCACAAAGUUUCAUAUAAAGCUAUUGCUAAAGCAGCUAAACAUUUACUCAAAUCACUUACUCAUGUAUAUAUGAUUAAUAUUCGAUCAACAAUUAAAAAUAUCGAUGGACCAUAUAUUGACUUUUUGCCUAUUCGAGCAUGGGGUCAACCUAUUAAUGUUGAUACAUGUCAAGUUCAAUAUCAUAUUCCUAAUGAUGAUGAACUUGAUUUUGUUCGUGAAUUUGUUGAAACAUUUAUCUAUGCGGAAUUGGAUUUAUUAAAAGAAAAAAGUUUAAAACAAUCGAAUAAUGAACGAUUAAGAUCGUUGACAAUUAUUCACAAUAUCGCUAUUGGAUGUUUUCGUAUCGUACCACGGUUUUCUAGUCCAAAUGUACAAAAUCUAAUACCAACAGUUGUUCCCUGUAGUUCACAAUUUCAAAAUCAAUUUUCGAUCUAUUCCAAAGUGCCAAAAUUUCGAGAAAAUUUGCGAUUACGUCUUCUCAUCGAUAUGGGCAAAUUACUCAAUGUACUUGUAGAACAUCAUUCAGACGAUGUAUCAUCUAUUAAAAUUGCACAUAAGAUCUACUCAGCUACAUCUAUCUGUUAUGGUGCAUCUAAACAUCAUAUUAAUGAUAUGCGUAAAGAAUUACAAUCUAACAAAUUAUUCAUAAAAAAUAAACUCUGUGGUGAACGACAAAAUCCUCAAUAUUUGACAAUGAAACGAAUAGCAUUACAAAUUGAGUUAUUUGAAAUGGUUGAAUAUGGAACAUUAACUGAAAUUGACAAACAAGUUACAUUGAAAUUAUUUGAAUUAUCAAUAAAUCGAUACAGUGAAAUACGUCGUCAUGCACAAAUUGAAUUAUUCUCCGUUCUUCAUCGUUAUCGUUUUUCAUCACAAGUUAUUGUUAAUCGAAUUAUUAAAUUUCUUAAUACAUCAGGCACAGUCGAUCAUGAUCAAAUCAAAGGUUGUCUGUAUAUUCUUCUUGGUAAUAAUACUUAUUUUAUGCUUACGGAAGAUUCUUGGAUAACAAUAGAAAAGUUAUGGCCUGCAAUUGUGCGUAUGAAUCAUGCAAAUAAAAUUAGUACACAAAAUUUGCUCAAUGAAAUUAAGAAUAAAAUCAAUCGAGUUUUUGUUACAAAAGAAAUCAUACAAAAUAUUAAUGAAAAAUCAAUACAUUCAGCAAUUGAUCUAUGGCGUCCAAUAGAAUCAAAUACAAUGAAAAUACGUGAAGAACGUAAUCAAAUUAAUAUUCAAUCAUAUAAUAAUCUGAUGGAAAGUUUAAGUUCACUACUCAAAAGCAAUAUUUUAACAUGGAGACAACAAGAGAUGACAAUGUCAUUUCUUUGUCUUCUUCUUCAAAGACAUGUACAAAUUCCAUCAUCAUCUAUUCGUACAUUUGUUGAUCAUCUCAUUCAUGAUAAUAUUGAAUUAAGAAUGUAUGCUACAAAAAGUAUAGCAGCACUUUGUCGUUUGCAAAAACCAACUCGAAUCUAUGUUGAAAAGUCUAUUGACGAAAUUUUCUAUGACAAUAAGGAGAAAUUAUCAUCAAUUAACAUGCAUAAUGAAUAUCAACCAGGUGAUCGUGAUGAUAAUUUAUGGGUAACUAUUAAUGGUUAUAAACCACCAGAAACUCAAAUUGAAUGGGAAGAAAUGUGCUUUUUGGAUAGAACAUUUCAUGGUUAUUAUACAUGGCCAAAAAUGAUUAAAUAUCCAAUGAAUAAACGAAUACGUUACACAGAAAAUAAUAUGUCAGAACAAAUAGCUAUUAUUCAUGAUCGUUUUAUUGAUAAAAACUUUAUUAUACAAUUAACAAAAUUAAUAUCUUUAAAUGAAAAUACCGAUGGAAUCAAUUACGAUUAUAUUCGAUUUAGUAUGUUCAAGGGUCUCUUUCGUAAUUUUGGCCUUGAAUUUGUUGAUCAUUUCAUGGAACAAUUGUAUGAACUUAUUCGAGAAAAAAUACACGAAAAACAAGAAGGAAAUCAUCGAUUAGCAGCCGAUAUUGUAGGUGGCAUGAUGCGUGGUUCAAAACAUUGGACAUUAGAAAUGGUGAGUAGAAAUAUUUCAUUUUCUAUUAUACAUUUAUUGACUUCAUUUAAUCAUGAAUAUGAAAAGAAACUUCUUGAUGAACUCUGGAAAAAACUUAUACCAUUUCUUACUGAAGUUUGUCUCAAUCUUAAUUCGGAAACGCUCUGUCACUGGAAUAAAUGUUUCAAAUAUGCUAUGAAACAUGAAGAUCCUCGUCGAAUGUAUCGACUUAUUGAUUUUAUUUGUACAUUAAUCAAUAAUCAAAUAACAUCGAAUACUUUUAAUGAAAUAUCACGUUGGUCUCUUAUUCAAACUUUGUCAAUGUUUCAAUGGCGUAUUCCAUCACUUUGGUGUAGUAUUUAUGAACAUGCUAAAGAACUAAUUGAUCAUCCAUUAAAACUUAUUCGUGAAAAUAUUGCAAAUGUACUAUCUAUAUCGCUCAGUUUCGAUAUAAAAUUAUUUAAUGGAAAUUCAACCCGUCAUCCUAAUAUCAAUCAAUGUAUUGAUAGCAUAUGUCAAAGAUUGCAUCAAGCUAUCGAAACUUAUGAAAAGACACCUCUCGUUCACAAUUAUGAUCAUUCCAUUGAAGCUAAUGCUGAAGCUCGUAAAGCAUUGAAUUUGAUUGAUACAGGUAUAGAUAUUAUGUUAGUUCUUACAAACAAAGCUAUAACAUAA